AUGGCGAAUGACAAGUCCAAAAGUUCAUCACCAGCUGCAGAGCAAUCACCUCCACGUGAUGCUGAUAGCCCGGAAGAGGCUCGUCUCGAAGCGGGUGAUGACGACUCAGCACUUGGAGUUAACCAUCAACUUCUCUUGACAUUCGGCGGCAAGAGAUAUUUCUCGCCCGAUGCUGACGCAUCAAAGAGGGUUCUUGAUGUCGGAACAGGCACUGGGAUAUGGGCAGUCGAGUUUGCGGAUGAGCAUCCUCAUGCCGAGGUCUUUGGCAUCGAUAUUGCUCCUAUUCAGCCCGAUUUUGUUCCUCCGAACUGUACUUUUGAGAUCGACGACGCUGAGAAGGAAUGGACGUGGACUAAGCCUUUCGACUAUAUCUUCGUUCGUCUCAUGGUCGGCAGCAUAGCAAAUUGGGACAAGCUGAUCCGCCAAUGCUAUGACAACUUGGAACCCGGAGGCUGGCUCGAAGUAAUCGAUCCGGUAUUCCCCGCCAAAUCCGAAGACGGAACCCUCAAACCCGACUCCCCCUUACAUCGAUGGGACGAACUAACCGCCAAAGGCGCCUUGGCCCUCGGCCGUCCCUUUGACGAAGGCGUGAACCACGAAAAGCGUCUCAAAGAAGCAGGCUUUGUCAACGUCACGCGCAAGGCGUUCAAGUGGCCUACUAACACUUGGCCCAAGGAUCCAAAGUUCAAAGAGAUUGGGCUAUGGACGCUCGCUAAUAUUGAGAGGAAUCUUGAAACGAUUAGUAGCUUCUUGUUGAGGCAGGGACUUGGGAUGAGUCAGGAGGAGAUAUUGGUUUUUAUUGCGGAGGUUAGGGCUGAGAUGAGGAAUUUGAAGGUCCAUGCUUAUUGGGAGGUGUUUGUUGUUACGGGGCAGAAGCCAGAGGAGAAACCCUGA